AUGCCGAUUCGUAUGCACGCAAGCUUACUGGUGUCGGAAGGUCACCGGGUUGACAAGGUGCGCAGCGUUUCAUUUCGCGAGUUGCCGAGUGAGAGCCACGUUGAGGAAGGAAUGGAGCCCAUCAUGCCAAGCGACGAGGAGAGGGAUACGCAGUGCGCGCCUGAGUUCCAGCUGAUCCGCCGCAAGCGACCACGCACACCCGACAGCAAUGCGGAGUCCCAUGCGCUCCCAGCACGCGGCUCGCCAGAUAAGGCGCCUCGCCUUAUGGUGCUACCUGGACUGGCCGAGUUGCUGGCUGCACAGAAGCAACGCAACGAAGGUGUCGCAGCUGAUGCGCUGCUGGACGUGUUGUCACGCGUAUCAUCCGAGCAGGAGCAGACCUAUGUCCAGACACAAGAGGAGGAGGUCGUGGUGGAAGACAAGACUCCCUGGCCCUCGGCGAGUCAAUACUUCGACAUCUUCUCGACGCCCAAGAGUGAACUCAAGAUCCCCAUUUACGACCUCGGUUUGGAUCCACGGGGCGUUCCGCUACACCCAGAGUUCAUCUACAGCCAGCCUGUGUCUUGCAUGUACUUCCUGAAGUGUUCGCGUCUACUCGGCAAGGGUUCGUUUGGCUUCCCACGCAAGAAAAAGACAACGGGCGAUGCGACGUCUACUACCACCACUAGUGGCAAGAAACCUGCGGGUAAAGGCGGUAAGAAAGAGUCGAGCAAGGACUUUGAAUGGCGCAAGAUGAGCUUCGUCACUGGUCUGCCUAAGAAACAGCCCAUCGUGCGCUACAUCACCGCCACGUGCUAUAGCCGUGCCACUGAUGUGUCUGCUAAGAAGAAGGUGUUCCGUAUGCAUGCUGUAAUGCUCGCAGAUGAGGUUGGCACUGGAGAGAAGGGAGACUACGUGCUCGUGCACAUCCGGGCUGGAGGCAGCAAGCGUGUCGGUCUACGAGCCAGUCUGGCUGAUGCUGAGGCACAGCAGGCGCCAGCGUCGCCUACUGCCACGGCGAAGCAGAACGCCGAUCUGCUGUGCAUGAGACGCCCCGUGUCGCCUACGAGCGUUGCUGUGUCUUCAUACUCGAGCUCGACGGCGUCCACCUCGCCACGCAACAAGAAGCUACUACACGCAGACUUUGUGUCUAACCAGGACGAUCACUCAGACCACUUAGCUAGAGUUUUGGGUGGUUCGACGGGAUCGCCUAGUGCGGUGCCGUCAGUGGCUCGACAUCCGCUAUUUACUGCCGCUGAGGACCCAAAUGUCGACUCGGCACGCCUCGCGCUGCGCAACAUGAUCUUGAAGUCGUGUACGUCACGGGACGAGAUGGCAAAGUAUGUCAUGGGACUCCAGGAAGAACUCGCGGCACUGCAAAACCAAAACCAGUAAGCUUUAGGAACACGUUAGGAUUUUAGGUAAUACUGUAGUAGUUCUUUAACUUCAAACAUCGAACAAAUUUAUUGCGAAA